GUUUGGUUCUUGAAUAAAAUACAACCACAAAAAGACUGAAGAUGAGUCAACAGCCACCAACUGCUGACCUAGAAAAACGAAAACUUAUUCAACAACAAUUAGUGCUGUUACUACAUGCAAACAAGUGUCGGAGGCAUGAGCAGACCAAUGGAGAAGUGUGCUUCCUACCCCACUGUAGGACAAUGAAGAAUGUGCUAAAUCAUAUGACAACCUGUAAUGCAGGAAAGUCUUGUAAAGUUGCAUAUUGUGUGUCGUCCAGACAGAUUAUUACACAUUGGAAGUACUGUACUAGGAAUGAUUGUCCAGUGUGUUCUCCUAUAAAGUAUGUCCUGGAAAUAAACAGAACAGAACAGAAUCAAGCUACCAGUUAUCCUAGUGGUAGAGUGGGAUCUGCGACUGAUACAAGCAAUCUAACUUCACAACUUAACGAGGAGUGAUAGUCAGAUGAAGAGAGCAUAUACAUGCACAGCAAAUGUUUAGGAAUGGACAAGUCUACUCUUUUUUGUUUUUUUUUUCUUUAAAAAAUAUACGAAGGAUGUUAGAAAAGUUCGCGGACACGUUCAUUUACGGAAAAUGUAAUGUGUAUUUUGAUUGAUUGAUUGAUUGAUUAUUGUUGUUUUACGCCGAGUCGGCAAUAUUUCAGCCAUGUUUCGGCGGAAUGUGUAUUUUGAAGAAUGACGUAUGUCUGAUUAAUUUCUUAUCUUUUGUUUAUUAGUAUGUAAAAAGAUUAGGUUUAUUUACUAAAAGUUUGAAAAUUUACAAUGAUUUAUAUUGUGCGGUCAUAGGAUUCACGGAGCAAUCGCUUAACGUUAGGUGACGUGACAACCUAUUUCCAAAAUUGUUAAGCCUUUUCACAGUUCUAAAUAUCUUUCAUUUCUGUAGAUUUUUCAUGUUUUUUUUUUUACUUAAAAAUUAAAUAACUGUAUAAAGACA